AUGGUCAGAAUUAAACAUAGAUAUUUACUAUUUGAUAUAUUAUAUCCACCAACAUCAGAUUCUAAAAUCACCCCACGAGAUGAAUUUUCAACAUUUUCAAAAUCUGAACUGAAUGCAUUAAUACAACUACAUCAAACAUCACCAGCAAAAAUCAAUCCUAGAACGAUAUUAUCAACUAUACGAAAAGCACUACAAGAUAAUUAUGGAGAUACUGGAUCAGGUAAAGCCGGAGGAAGUUUAAUAGUCAAAUAUUUUUCAAACAAAACAUCAACUGGAAUAUUAAGAUGUGAUAGAGAACAAAGUGAUUUAAUUGUUGCUGCCCUUUCAUUAAUAACUAAAAUUGAACUGAAUUUUGUUAUCUUUAGAUGUUUACAUGUUAGUGGAACAAUAAAAAAAUGUGAAGAGUAUUCUAUUGAUAAAACUAGACAAUUAAUAAAUGUAAUUAAAAAUAAUAAAGGAAAAGUAGAGGAUUAUAUGUUGGAAAUGAAUGAAAUUAAACAAGUUGAAGAUGAUAUCAAUUUUGAUGGGGAGGAGAAGGGAGGUUUACCGAUUGAUGAAAAUCAAGAAGAUAGUUCUUGA